AUGACUGCAAACUCCUUUGGAGUUGCUACACCAACUGUCUCCAAAACUGUCAACGAAGUCUGUCGAGCAAUCAGCAAAUAUCUUGGUCCCAAGUACAUCAAGUUACCACAAUCUUCUGAAGAAAUGAGAGAAUUGAUCAUAAGGUUUGAAUCAAAGCAUGGUUUCCCUCAAGCCUAUGGAUGCAUAGACGGCACCCACAUUGCUAUCCAACAACCAUUAGAGAACUCUCACGAUUAUUUUUCUUACAAGAUGAAAUAUACCUUGAACAUCCAAGCAGUUUGUGACUAUAGAGGGUUAUUCCUUGACGUUGACUGCCGAUGGCCAGGGAGUGUGCACGAUGCUAAAGUUUUUAGUAACUCUAAAAUAAACGAAAUGCUGAGAGAAAACAAGUUGCCUAGUGUUUAUCGGAAUUUAGUUCCAGGCCAUGACAAGGUAUCAUCUCUGCUUCUUGCGGACCCAGCUUAUCCAUUACUGCCAUAUUGCAUGACUGAGUUUGAAUGUUGCAAGAGUAAUGAAGAAGUCAUUUUUAACAAUCUGUUGCGAUCCUCAAGGAAUCAGAUUGAGUGUGCCUUUGGACGAUUGAAAGCUAGAUGGCAAAAACUUAACACUGUACUAAACCUGAAGAAUGAAAAUGUUCCUUAUAUGAUAUAUGCAUGUUUUGUUUUACAUAACUUUUGUCAAUUACACGGAAUUCACGACGAUGAUGAUGGUGUUUUGAAGCAAAUUAAAUAUGAUAGGGAAGUACAACCAGAUAUUCAGCAAGACUUGAUUUUCUCUUGUAAUACUGCUGAAGGAACAUCUACCAGAAAGACAAUAGUUGCUUUUCUAAAGGAACACACUGAACUCUAA